AGAAUGCGUCCUCCGAAAAUAAUGCAAAUUUUCCACGUAUCCCGCCGACAAAUUGCCACGUCAAAAACCUCGAAUUUCGAGCGAAAAACCAUCGAAACAGUGUGCCCCCGUGUCCACAAUUACCUUUUCCCGCAUGUAUCGGCCCCGUCGACGUCAUCGGCGGCCGAAUACACAGGAGUUCUUCCACCGCUUGUCGCCGACAACGUCGUCGAUCAUUUCGGUGUGCUCGCCGAGCAACAAACACGAAAAUACAAGGAAUUGCUGGAAAAAGCGUGCGAAUUCGAUUUGGAAACCGCCAAGAACGUUUUGGAGCACAUUGAUAAAACCGACGGAUGGCACUACAAAACCGGCUGGACACGAUACCCGUUCUCCACUUCGGAACCCCCGGAAACUAUCGAUUUUCCACGUGACUCAAUUCUAUUCUUCGAUAUUGAAUUAGUUGUUCGUGACGGGACCCUUCCAACAUUGGCAAUUGCAUUGGGAAGAGAUGCAUGGUAUGGAUGGUGUAGUGAUCGAUUAAUUUAUGAAUCAGAAAUUCCGGAAAUUCCAACGAAAGCAGAUUUAAUUCCGAUCGGAGAGAUUGGAAUGGAAAAAGUGAUUAUUGGACAUAAUGUUGGAUUUGAUCGAGCCAGAUGUCGGGAGGCUUAUCAAUCGAUAAAUGGGUCAAAGAUUCGAUUUAUGGAUACAAUGUCUAUGUCGAUUCCAAUGUAUGGAAUGGCUGAUCAUCAGCAAUCACUUUAUGAAAUGUAUGAUGUUGAGACUAAUGAUUCACAUUCCGAUUGGAUGAACGCAUGGAAGGGUCGAGUUUCGAAAAAUUCGUUGGUUGCAGUACACGAUCAUCUCUAUCCAGAUAAAGCUAUCAACGCGGAGGGUUUCUCGAAGAAAACGAUGCGAGCAAGCUUCGUCAAAGACCCAAUUGAGCAAAUUCGAGAAGAUUUCCAGCCCCUUAUGUCCUACUGUGCCCGUGAUAAUAUUCUAUGCGCGGAAAUUUAUUUCCGCCUAUGGCCAGAAUUUAUCAAACGAUUUCCCCAUCCGGCGACACUUUCCGGAAUGUUGAAUAUGGGAAAUGUGUAUCUACCGAUUAAUAGUUACUGGAAAAUGUUCUACGAGAAAAAUGUGCAAACUUGUGAGCAAAAGAAGACGGCUGCGACGAGAAAAAUCAUUGAAUCGGCGCGAUUGGUGGCGAAGAGAUUGGAUGAUGAGGGAGAGGAGAUUGGGCCUGAAAAAAACGAUGUUUGGAUGUGGCAUCACGAUUGGACAUUCAACCAAAAACAAUCAAAUUUCGAAUGGUUCAACAAGCUGUUCAAGGCGCGGAGCUUCGUUAACUUGAGCCUUGACGAGGUGGACAGCCACCAUAUCGCCCUAAAAAGUCACCUGAUUCCGGCGAUUUUCGGCUUCGUAUUCGGACCAUUUCCCCUAUUCAAAACUCGAUCAAAAGGUUGGGGAUUUUUGGUUCCGAAUUGGAAACCGGUCGAAAAAGCGCUCCAAGACCCGAAUUUCCACGAAAUCGACGCAAAAAUCGAUUUUAAACCGGAUUCAGCGGUGAAAAAGUUUCCGCUGCGAAGCUUCUACGAGACCGUUCAAAAUAAUGUCUAUAUGCUCGGCGAGCUGCCGAUUUCGCCGGAUCGAAAGGGUUUUGAGCUCGACGAGGCCGGGCUUGUGAGAUUUUAUCAGUUGGAUCACCCGUCCGGGGAGGGAAAUGUCGGCGAUCCGCUUACCAAGCAUUUUGCGAAGGAUUUGAAGGAGUUGGUGUUACGGCCGACGAGAUACGAAGAAUAUUUCGACGUGGUGCUCGACUCAAUCCAAACGACCCAAUUCUGGACGAGCUACAGUGACCGAUACUGCUCGGAAGUCGCGAUUUGGAGUCCGGAAGCUACGUGGCGUACCGCCGAAAACCUGGAAAUGAUAGACGGAGCAAUCGCGGCGGCCGUCGUUCCAGCGGGCACAAUUUCCCGUCGAAGUGUUCAUAAAUUAUGGGUGACACUGACAAAUCAAUCUACAGGACACGUCAUCGGUACCGGAAUCAAGGCGAUGGUGCAAGCGCCCGCUGGUUAUCGAUUAGUUGGCGCUGACGUGGAUUCACAGGAGCAAUGGCUCGCUGCGUUGUAUGGAGAUGCGAGUGCUGAGAAAAGAUUGCCGCUGGAAAAACGUGUCGCCGGUAAGACGGCCUUCUCGAACAUGAUGCUCGCCGGUUCAAAAUCCGACAACACUGAUCUCCAUUCAGUAGUGGCUAGCCAACUGAAAAUUAGUAGAAAUCACGCGAAAGUGCUCAAUUACGCAAGGCUCUAUGGCUCCGGGGAGACUCAUGCCGGGAAACAUUUAAUGAGAGUUGGUGGACUGAAACAGUCUGAAGCCGAGAGCACAGCUUCUCAGUUAUUCAAAUUGACAAAAGGUGAUGUGGCAAAAUAUAUGAAGGUGGAUGUGAGAAUGAAUUGUGUGGUGGAUAAGUAUAUUGAGGAAAUGGUCGAGAAUUCGGAUGUAUGCAAGAUUUUGACGAUUGAUGGGAUUUAUUAUAUGCCGGCGUAUACUAGUCAAUUUGCCUCAGAAACUGUGCGUUUCGAAGAUUGGCUUCUCUCCCACUACUCGUCACUUCUCAAUGGAUCCUCUGAACCGGAUAGCCUAAUCUACUCGAUCUAUGAGAAUCCUGAUGAGCCACGACGCCUUUUCGUCGGCGGAUAUGAAUCUUCAACAUUCAAUUUCCUGGAGACCUCAGCAGCGGCUCACGAUUUGAGAACUCCUAUUCUGGGAUGCCAAAUUGCGGAUUCACUUGGAAAAUUGCCUGAAGGAACGCCGGAUUCAGCGUAUUUUGAUCGAAAAUAUAAGAGAUCCGUUAUGAAUUGGAUUGUACAAUCGUCGGCAGUUGAUUUCCUCCAUCUCCUGCUCGUCUCAAUGCAAUGGCUCUGUGACACUUACAAAAUCGAUGCCCGUUUCGUCAUUUCGAUUCACGACGAGGUCCGAUACAUGUGCAAAGAGCCGGAUGCUCCGAGACUUGCUCUUGCUCUGCAGCUUUCGAAUUUGCUUGUGAGAGCCUAUAUUUCACAGAGAGUCGGAAUAUGUCAGCUGCCUAAUACCGUUGCCUUCUUCUCUCAAGUAGAUUGUGAUACAGUACUCCGUAAAGAAGUCGACACGGAGAGCAUCAAUCCGGACGGCUCCAAAAUUGCCGACGGCGUCGCCUGGACCGUUGACGAUCUACUGAAGCUCACUGGUGGAAAACUGGAUUAAAUUUUGAUUUUUUUUCUUGUUAAUGUUUGUUAAUUUUAUUGUUCAAUUGUUUUUUCACAUUACAACAUAAAAAUGUAUUCAGAAAAAA